AUGAUAAUAUUAAUACUAACUAAGCAUUUGAAAUUCAUGCAAGAGAAAACUUUGCAGAAAGGUGAGAGUAUUACUCCUACUACAAAUCUGUUAAUCUAUCAUAUUGUAUGUCGGCAUUCCUCUGCCACUGUGCCCCUGCGUUUAGAUGUUCCCACACCCAUUGUGCUAGAAACGCAAGAGCUGAUCCAGUCUGCUGCAGGCAGUUCAAUCUUCAAAUCCGCAACUGAAGCUGCGCUCAGUAUGGUCCAGGCUCAGGUCUCAAAACUAGCUCAGGAGAUCCGCCACGGCAUGGUCACAUGGAAGCCCCCGGAACCGGUUAAUUUGCUUCUUCCUCGUAAUCGGGACGAGGAAUUGGUUGUGUUUGAACUCUGCUUGGCCGCGCGAUUCCAAUCCUUGUACCAGACAGCCUGUGAAGGUGCACCGUGUGCCACGGCGAAUGGAGGUUCCGCCUCGUCGUUAACCACAACUGGCUCAGUCGAUGCCGGGAGCGGUACCGCUGGUGGUGGCAAUCCAGCCCUGGGCGACGGUUAUGGGGCUGCCACACAGGACCAAACUGCAAUGGCUUUAUGUCUAGCCUUGGCCACUGCCUACCGAUAUUUGUCUAUUCCAACGAGUGCCGGUACCGGAGGUGGCAUUCAAGGUGGUUUAGACAACCAGGAUUCAUCCUCAGCUGGAUCGGGCGCAGGUUACUCAUUUCGGAACAGCCUAUUUGCUCGGUCAUUUGAAAACCUCACCGCCUCAGCUCUCGGCUCUGGUUCCGGAGUGGGCAGUGGUAGUAUUGGCGGUGGUCUUUCGGCCGCGGGUUCGAACCUAUGGAUGAAAGUGGGUUACUUUGGAGCACGGAUGAAACAGAAACAACACAGUGGACAUUUGUUUGGGAGUCGAAAGUCCAAGCACUCGCAGAAGAAUCACAAUUUGCAUGAACGGGCAUUUGAACGCGUGGCGGACUGUUGGGUUUGCGGCCGUUUGCUCUGGGGUUUGGCGCCACAAGGACUUGCGUGUAAUAAUUGCAAUUUAUCUGUGCACGUCAAAUGCAAAUCCAAUAUCCGAGAAACAUGCACCAAAGAAGGUCGUCGAUCGGCCGUGCUGUCACACAAUGGUGCCUCGGUCCUCACUCCAACCAUUACCUCGACUUUGACCGAGACUACUGCUCCGUUGGCUAAUAGUGCCGCAGUUACCCGUGUUCAGUCUACUGUGGUUCAGCCGUCAUCCACAGAGAUGUUGGCUCACGCUUCGAAUGGCGAACGAAGCAUAACUGACAAUUUAAACAUGCAUCAGUGUUCACUUUCGGAAUUCGCCUACUUUCAAGGUCUAAGAAGCCUCCUUGUUAUUGAUUUGCCAUAG